GUUUUGUUCAUAAAAGUAGAUAGUCUUGGAUGUAUGGGAAGGAUUUGUCAAAGUGAUGAAACAAACAAACUAAUUAAAUGUGAUGGCGAAUUUUGUGGUGGUUUUAAAAGUAAAAGACGUGAUGGAUUAUUACUUGAAGCGGUUGAUGUAGAAUGUUCACCACAAAGUGAAGUAUACGCACCAUUUGAUGGUGAUCUUUAUUUUUGGAAACCAUUCGGUAAUCAUAUAAAUUACGAAUGCGCUGAUGAAGGUGUACGAAUUGAGGGGACUGGUCAAUGGCAAGGUUAUCAUGUACUGAUUGCCUCAGUAUCACUAGACGUUUUCGGUGGGCGGGUCAAAAAAGGUCAGCGAAUUGGGAUUGCUAGAGAUCAUCGAUGCAUAUAUGCGGAUGAUGAUGGUGAUCCAUUUGUUCGAUUACAAUUAUUCAAACAAGGGCGACCAAUCGAUCCGACAUUUCAUCUUUGGAAUUGUAUGUGCACUGGUCAGAUCUGUGAGUCAAAUCCCAAAAAUGAAUUACUAGGAUUGCCGUUCAAGUAUGACAGUCGAUAUAAUGCAGUACGUGGUUGGGAUAUUAAAUGUCCAAAAAUACGGGAUGAUGAUGAAGAGGAAAUGCGCGUUCCGGAUAUUUACUCACCGAUUGAUGCUAAAGUUAUCGGACGAAGUCGCCUAUAUGCUAUUCAGGGUGCUUACAUUGGUUGUGAUAACAAUGGUGUAGUACUUAUUGGUACCGGUGAUUGGACUGAUUACGAAGUUGUACUAUACAAUGUACGUUAUCGGGAUCAACUGUUAGGAUCACAACAUGUUGUACAAGGUGAACCAAUUGCAACUCGACUUGAUUGUGAUGAUUCACCGGAUUCGGUAUUCAUGGAGGUUCGUUAUCAUGGUGUUGUUGUGGAUAUAAGCGAAAUGAUCUCAGCAAAACGAUGUCGUAUGCCGGAUUUUCCAUACAAAUAA